CCCAUCUUGUGCUGCUGUGCGUUACAUUUGCUAUAGUUUUCUUUACGCUGUCGCUUUGAACAAUGACCGAUACUCAAGAAAGAGUCGUGAUAAACCAAAAUACUAAUGGUCUGAGAUUUGAAUUCUUAAGGAGGUUAGAGAACAGCUUUAUUACAAGUGAACGGUUUAUUUACGGAACCAUCGCCACAGUGGUUGUUGUAGUGGCGGUUUUUUACCAUAAGCACGCUAUCAAUUCCCAUGAAGCCCGCUUUGAAACAACUGUGGAGGCUAUCCAAAAGCUCGAGGAAAAAGUGGUCAGAGAGCUCAAUGUCCUUAGAGGACUUUUAGUGAGUAAGAACUGUGCCGAGGUGUACAAAUCUGGUGGAAUAACCAGCGGUGUUUACAGAAUCAAACCGGAUGGUGCUAGACCUGACUUUGAAGUGUUUUGUGAUCAAAAAACUACUAACGGGGGAUGGACAGUGGUCCAAAAGAGGCUGGAUGGCUCUGUUCUUUUCGAUCGCGGCUGGUCUGACUACAAGAAUGGCUUUGGUAACCUUGAUGGCGAGUUUUGGCUCGGACUGGAAAAAAUACACCAUUUGACAAAAUCCCCUAGCAAGCUUCGAGUCGAUCUGGAAGAUUUUGACGGCGAAACUUCUUACGCCGAGUACGACUUAAUUGUGGUAGCGACUGAAAGGAAGAAGUACCAGUUAAGCGUUGGGAAAUAUUCAGGAAGAGCUGGCGACUCCCUUACUCAACAUCACGGCUAUCCCUUUUCAACCAAGGAUCGGGACCAUGACAGUCAUAGCAGUAACUGUGCUGAGAAAUAUAAAGGAGGCUGGUGGCAUAUUGACUGUUAUUACUCAAACCUGAAUGGUGUCUAUCGUCAUGGAGGGGACUCAGCUACUACUUUUGGAAUCAGAUGGAAUAGCUGGAAAGGAAAGCCCCAGUCUAUGAAGAGGGCUGAGAUGAAAAUCAGACCAGUGAAGGUUUAGAGCAUAUAUGCUGGCUUACUCAAAGAAAUAACAUUUUAAAACGAAUUUUGAUUGUAGUUCUAGUUACACGGUAUGAUCUGGG